AUGACAGACACAAAGCCUCUGCCUAAGAAUGAAGUCAAGCAGGAAGUUGAGGAGGGGACUGGUAUCUCCUGGACAGCAGAAGAUGAGCUAUCUCUUCGAUGGAAGAUCGAUCUCCGUGUCUUCCCCGUCCUCAUUGUCUUGUUCAUUCUCAAUUUUAUGGACCGCAAUAACUUCGCCAAUGCCCGCCUCAAAGGUCUCCAAAACGAUCUCAAAAUGAGCGAUGUGGAAUACCAGACUUGCAUAUCAAUCCUCCUGGUCGGCUAUGUCAUUUGUCAAGUCCCUUCCAAUAUGAUCCUGAACAUUUUAAGUCGACCGAGUCGGUAUCUGUGCGCCUGCGCCGCCACAUGGGGAGUGAUUUCGGCUGCCACGGGCUCUGUUCAAAAUCCCACGGGAGCGAUUAUGUGUCGUUUCUUCCUCGGAUGCGUCGAAGCAUCGCUGUUUCCCGGAAGCAUCUACUUCCUUUCACGCUGGUAUACCAGGAGAGAGAUGCAACUGCGAGUAACGCUCCUUAAUGUUGGCAAUCUGUUGGCACAAGCCUUUGGUGGGCUCAUUGCGGCAGGUAUUCUCGGCACGAUGGAUGGUACCGCUGGUAUCCGUGCCUGGCGAUGGUUGUUCAUUUUGGAAGGAGUCAUCACCAUUACUUGUGCAGCAGUAGCGGCUUUUAUCCUACCUGAUUAUCCAUCCACCACUUCUUGGCUAUCGGCUAGGGAGAAGCUGAUUUGCCAAAACAGACUUGACUGUGACUUGGGCGGCCCGGACACGACCAACGACGAUCCCACAAUCACUACCGCGUUGCACGGGCUGAAGCAGGCAGUGACUGAUCCCAAGGUUUGGCUGCUUGGCCAUGCGUACCACUGUACGAUCAUGGCAUCGUCUUUCAGUUAUUUCUUCCCUACAAUCACCCAAUCCCUUGGCUACGGGACUACAACCACCCUGCUUCUCACAGCUCCACCUUGGAUCUGGUCUGCUAUGAUUUCGCUACCCAACGCAUGGCAUGCUGAUCGGGUAGGCGAGAGAUUCUUCCAUUAUCUUGGCCCAGCUGUGGCGUGUAUGACCGGAUACAUUGUUGCGAUGACGACAACGGCCACCGCUCCCCGAUAUAUCUCCAUGUUUUUGAUGACCAUGGGGUAUUCAUGUGGAUUUGUCAUGCUAGGAUGGAUAUCUAGCACCAUUCCACGCUCACCAGCCAAGCGCGCUGCGGCGAUCGCAAUCAUCAAUGCUAUGGGCAACAUCGGUAGUAUUCCGGGCUCGUAUAUUUUUCCUUCUAACUAUGGGCCGUACUAUGUCAAGUCUUUUGGUGCCGAGCUUGCGAUUCUCGCAUUUGCUUGCUUGUGUGCCUUGGCCCUUCGUAUGUAUUUGGCACGUCUCAACAGCAAGCUCGACCAAGAGGAGAGGGAGCAUGUUUCCCACAUUGACUCCGUGGAGUACCAGCACGUGAAGUCCUUUCGCUAUAUAUAUUGA